GGUAAAAAAGCGAAGAGAUACAGAGAGAGAGACUAGAGAGAGUGGAGCGAAGAGACCAGAGAGUAUAGAUAGAGAGGGUUGAAGAAGAAUCUCAAAAGUAGAGGAACUGGAAGGGAGCGAGAUUGCUUUUGUUUAGCGCGCGCUUACACAAACAAAGGCUAAGCUAGCUGCUGCCGAGUCUCUUCUCUUGUGUGACGACUGACUAUAUUAAAAUCAGACGACGUCGGUUGUGUGGGCCCCACUUUCCGGCAGGGGCCAUGGCUGAGCUGCAGAAGCAACAGCCUUCCUCAAAGGAAGCUCACAGCACGAAGGCUCUCGUCGGCGCACUCAACAUCCUCUCCCGCAACCUCCCUCUCCCUCCCGAUCUCUUCAACACCGUUUCUUCCAUCUCUCUCGACUCCUCCGCUGAAGAUGGUUUGCUGGCGGAUCUCGAUGAUGCGCUUUCGAAGCAGCGAUCCAACUGUGCUUCGGGUUUCAAAUUGUGCAGAGCUAGAGAAAGCCGUUAUCAAAGCCUCACUCAGCAUCGCUUAACUCAGCUUGAAGGAUUGCCUUCAAGCAGGGGAGGAGACGACCUACAGACAAGAUCCCUACUUGAAUAUUACGGAUUGAAGCUAGCAGAGUUGCAGAGGAUGGUUCGAUGUGAUGUCAGCUCUGAAUACUGGCUCAAUGUUAUGUGUGCAUAUCCUGAGAGGCAGUUGUUUGAUUGGGGCAUGAUGCGGUUGCAUCGUCCAAUGUAUGGUGUUGGAGAUCCAUUUGCCAUGGAUGCUGAUGAUAAAUUAAGAAAGAAACGUGAUGCUGAGAGACUAUCAAGAUUAGAAGAGCAGGCCAAAAAUCAUUUAGAGACCAGAAAAAGAAGAUUUUUCACAGAAAUACUGAAUACUGUACGUGAGUUCCAAUUGCAAAUUCAAGCUUCUUUAAAGCGGAGAAAACAGAGGAAUGAUGGUGUCCAGGCAUGGCAUGGAAGGCAAAGGCAACGUGCAACACGGGCGGAGAAAUUGAGAUUCCAAGCCUUAAAAGCUGAUGAUCAAGAAGCUUACAUGAGAAUGGUGAAAGAGAGUAAAAAUGAAAGAUUGACUGUGCUUCUUGAAGAAACAAAUAAACUACUUGUAAAUUUGGGGGCAGCUGUUCAACGUCAAAAGGACUCAAAACAAUCAGAUGGUAUUGAACCCUUGGAAGAUUCAGAAGCUGACUUCCCAGAGUCAGAUGCUUCAAAAAAUGGAAUUUCUAAGGAAUCACCACUUGAGGAAGAUGCAGAUUUGAUAGAUUCUGAUCAAAAUGGUGAGUCUAGUGAUUUACUUGAAGGGCAGCGGCAAUACAAUUCGGCCAUACAUUCAAUUCAAGAAAAGGUGACGGAGCAACCAUCUAUACUUCAAGGUGGAGAGUUAAGGCCAUACCAGCUAGAAGGGCUCCAGUGGAUGCUUUCUUUGUUUAAUAACAACUUAAAUGGAAUUUUGGCUGAUGAAAUGGGGCUUGGGAAAACAAUACAAACCAUUUCAUUGGUAGCAUAUCUUAUGGAGCACAAGGGUGUGACUGGUCCUCACUUGAUUGUGGCCCCAAAGGCUGUUCUGCCUAAUUGGAUGAGUGAAUUCUCAACAUGGGCUCCUAGCGUUAUAACUAUUCUUUAUGAUGGACGAAUGGAUGAGAGGAAAGCAAUGAAGGAAGAAUUGUCUGGAGAUGGGAAAUUUAAUGUUCUGCUAACACAUUAUGAUCUUAUAAUGAGAGAUAAAGCCUUUCUUAAGAAAAUCCACUGGAACUACUUGAUUGUGGAUGAAGGGCAUCGGUUGAAGAAUCAUGAGUGUGCUCUUGCAAGAACCCUAGACUCUGGCUACCACAUCCAACGUAGACUUUUGUUGACUGGUACCCCAAUUCAAAACAGUUUGCAGGAAUUAUGGUCCCUGCUAAAUUUUCUCCUUCCAAGCAUUUUCAAUUCAGUUCAGAAUUUCGAGGACUGGUUUAAUGCUCCCUUUGCAGACCGAGUUGAUGUGUCUCUAACAGAUGAAGAACAGUUAUUGAUCAUUAGGCGUCUACAUCAAGUAAUAAGGCCCUUUAUAUUAAGAAGGAAAAAGGAUGAGGUGGAAAAAUAUCUUCCUGGAAAAUCUCAGGUCAUACUCAAAUGUGACAUGUCAGCUUGGCAGAAAGUAUAUUAUCAACAAGUAACAGAUGUAGGAAGAGUUGGCUUAGACAAUGGUUCUGGAAAAUCAAGAAGUCUACAGAACUUGACGAUGCAACUCAGAAAAUGCUGUAACCAUCCCUACCUCUUUGUGGGAGACUACCAUAUGUACAACCGGAAGGAGGAAAUUGUCAGAGCAUCAGGGAAGUUUGAACUUCUUGAUCGUUUGCUCCCAAAACUUCGCAGAGCUGGUCACAGAGUCUUAUUGUUUUCACAGAUGACUCGUCUCAUGGACAUUCUUGAAAUUUAUCUGCGACUUCAUGAUUUUAAGUUUCUUAGACUUGAUGGCUCAACAAAAACUGAGGAAAGAGGUUCUCUAUUACGGAAAUUCAACGCUCCUGACUCUCCAUACUUUAUGUUUCUCUUGAGCACCCGUGCUGGAGGUCUUGGUUUGAACCUACAAUCAGCAGAUACUGUUAUAAUAUUUGAUAGUGAUUGGAACCCUCAAAUGGAUCAACAAGCUGAGGACCGAGCCCAUCGCAUUGGACAAAAAAAGGAAGUCAGAGUAUUUGUGUUAGUUAGUGUGGGAUCAAUUGAAGAGGUGAUUUUAGAGCGUGCAAAACAAAAGAUGGGCAUUGAUGCCAAAGUUAUCCAAGCAGGACUUUUCAAUACAACUUCAACAGCUCAGGACAGAAGAGAAAUGUUAGAGGAGAUUAUGCGAAGAGGUACAAGCUCACUUGGGACCGAUGUACCUAGUGAGAGAGAAAUUAACCGCCUUGCAGCCCGAUCCGAUGAGGAAUUUUGGCUGUUUCAGAAAAUGGAUGAAGAGAGGAGACAAAGGGAGAAUUAUAGAUCUCGUCUCAUGGAAGAGCAUGAAGUUCCAGAUUGGGUAUACUCUGCUCUAAAUAAGGAUGAUCAGGCCAAAUCUUUUGAUGUUGGUAGUGUUACCGGAAAGCGGAAAAGAAAAGAAGUCGUGUAUGCAGACACAUUAAGUGAUCUGCAGUGGAUGAGGGCUAUGGAGAAUGGACAAGAUGUAUCUAAGCUUUCAGCUAAAGGGAAGAAAAGAGGCAUCCUCCUUUCUGACAACCAUGCACAAGCCAGCAGUAAAACAGUGGCCGAUGAAAGGUUGUUAAAGCAAAGGAGUGGAAGUGUCCUCAAGAUGAAGAUUGAAAGAUCAAGUGCAGAUAAUUUCAUUGUGACUCCUGCUUCUAAGCGGCUGAAAACUGAAGAACCAAGUUCUGAGAAACAUGGAAGUGAGAGUGGUGUGGACGAGAAUACGUUUUCCUGGAAUAUUCACAGGAAGAAGAGAACAAGCUAUCCCGGCCAGGGUUCAUCAUCUGAUACCAGAGACCAGAAUGCCAAUGACAGAGCAAAUAGGAACUGAUUGGAGCGUCGAUUUAGUUACUGAUGCCACAGUUUUGCAGAUUGCGAUUCUGCUUUUUGUGUUGGUGGGAUUUUUUCAUAGAUAGUUUGUGCAACAUAAGUAAAAGAAGUCCUUUUCGUGGCAUUUGUAUCGGCAUUAGUUAUGUAAAGUCAAUGAAAUGGUGAAAUGAAAUCAUAUUUAUAUUUUCGCUGGUAAA